UUCCUCUGUUCUCUUCUAAAAAAAUGGCAGCUUCAGCGGACACGCCAUCGUCUAUCCACCUCAACAAGCAGUCACUCAUGGAUUCUUCUUCUCCGGUAUUCAGCCCCUCCUCCGAUAAGCGCUUCUGGAGCUCUCUCCGCAGCCGGAUUGACGCGCUUUUAGAUGAUCGCAGCUCCACAAUCCCAAUUGCUCAGAGCACACAAAAUGUUGAUCCGUCUCGGCCAAUUCAAACGAAUGGCGGAGGAUCGAAACGAGCAAGAGCGACGAAGGACGACUCAUUGCUUUUGAUGAGAGGGUUUGAUUCCAUAGCUCACACUUUGUCUCAGCUCUCGAACACUUUGGAUAAUGCUCUUCAGGGAGCCAACGGUCUAGCUAAGCAACCCACAUUGACGGAGAUAUUCCAUAACCACCUGAGCAACUCGGAGGAAGAGUAGAGAGAGAAGGAUUCGGAAGAACAGCAGAAUGCAGAAGAUUCCAAUGUUGGAUUGAAGAGGAAAUUCGACGACAGCCAUUGCUCAGAGGAACAAGGUGAUGAAUCCCAGAAAGAACAUGAGCAAGAAGUCCCGAGAGACAGGAAGCUGAAGAAAGCGAAAAAUCUUGCGAUUUCUAUGGCAACAAAAGCAGCUUCGUUUGCCCGGGAACUCAAGUCGAUAAGAUUGGACUUAUCCUUUAUGCAAGAGCGCUGUGUUUUGCUGGAGGAGGAGAAUCGGAGGCUCCGAGACGGGCGGGAUAAAGGGUUGAGGCUUGAGGAAGAUGAUCUGGUGAGGCUUCAGUUAGAGGCACUGCUAGCCGAGAAAUCAAGACUAGCAAAUGAAAAUUCAAACCUAGUUAGGGAAAAUCAAUGCCUCCACCAGCUUGUGGAGUACCACCAGCUCACCUCCCAAGACCUCUCUGAUUCAUAUGAACAAGUUGUACAAGGGUUGUGCCUAGACUUCUCGUCUCCUCCACGACCGACAGCAGACGAGGCAAAUGGUGGAGAUGGUGAUGCUACUGCUGAUAAUGAAGUUUCUCAGACACCAAGAAGUAAUCUUUUAGGGUUCUCUGCUUCGCUUGAUGAUGAGUUUUCUCAUGGAGAUCAGUAGCAGAAUGGUUUUGCAGAUUGUUUCUUCGGGUUCGAAAUAAACUGUUGCAGAUGUAAAUUUUGAUGCCAUGGACUUCUAUUCUGUGAUUUCACUGAUUUACCAGAAACAUAAGUACAUGAUCUCAAUGGAAAUUAUAUUAUCGCUUUA